GAUCAUUCUAUGCACCUCAGAAAUCUGAACAAAGUUAUCCACACUUCUUCCCUUCAACAAAAUCUAAAACCUGUAUUUCCUCCACAUUACUACUACUUGUAAAACAAAGAACAAAAAAAAUCAACAAAUAAUAAAUAAUAUUAUCAUGGCUAUAGAAAACUGUUUGCAGUUGAGCACAUCAGCAAGUGUAGGAACUGUUGCUGUUAAAUCUCAUGUUUAUCAUCUUCAACCUUCUUCCAAGCUUAAUGUCCCGAGUUUUCGAGGUCUAAAAAGAUCGUUUCCGGCAUUAUCUUCCUCGGUUUCUUCAUCGUCUCCUCGACAGUUUCGAUACUCUAGUGUUGUUUGCAAGGCUAGUGAAGCUGUCAAGGAAGUCCAAGAUGUGAAUGAUUCAAGUUGGAAGGAGUUUGUCCUAGAGAGCGAAGUCCCGGUGAUGGUGGACUUCUGGGCCCCAUGGUGUGGACCCUGCAAGCUCAUCGCCCCGGUGAUCGACGAGCUGGCAAAAGAAUAUUCCGGAAAGAUAGCAGUAUACAAGCUGAACACAGAUGAAGCACCAGGUAUUGCUACUCAGUACAACAUAAGGAGUAUUCCAACAGUGUUGUUUUUCAAGAAUGGUGAAAGGAAAGAGAGUAUCAUAGGUGCUGUGCCUAAGAGUACUUUGACUGAUUCCAUUGAGAAAUACUUAUCUCCUUAAAAUAAACACAUACUUUGAACUGGAGUACAUGUGUUUUUUUUACGGAGUUUUAUUUUAGGGGUGCAACGCGAGGACUUCUAGAAGGUCACUCAUCCUGGUACUACUCUUGUAAAAACAUACAUGUGUUUUAGUACUAAUUAAAGAUCUCAGUCUCUGUCUCUUUUUUCGUAAUUUGAAAAACAAAACUAAGGAACAACUCCAUUUGAUGAAGAGAGUUGGUUUUAGUAUUUUGUAUAUCAUCGAUCAUUUGUUGAUAUUAUUGUGAUAUCUUUCAAUGUUUAGAAGAAUAUGUUAAUUAA